GAGGGCCAGAGGCAGCUGAGUUGAGAGGAUGGGAGGGGAGAGAGAGAGGCGGUGUCAUUAGGGUAGUUUGUAAUUAUGUCUCUCUUUGUUUAGAGGGCCUGUGACAGGGAUGAAGUGAGGGGGAGGUCUUGCUGCUGAAAAAAUGUUGUGUCAGUUUGGUGAAUAGUUCUCUUUCUCCCUUGAGUCUUUCUUGCUGUAGCUCAGUCUCUCUGGUCUGCCUGAGACACACUAGGAAAAAGGGUCGCCGGGCUGCAUGCUACAGCCACAGCGGUGGACAUUCUCAUUGGGAGGCAAUUCUGCGGAAGUAGACCAUUCUGAGGCAAUGCUAAGGAAAGGUCCGUUAGUCCUGUCAUCUGGAUUCUAGAUGAGGAUGCUUUAAAGAAGUACAUUCUGUACCCAUUAGAGCUCAGGAUUCUGGGAUACGCACAGGAACACAGCUGACAGAGUUUGCCAACUGACUCUAUACCUCUGAACAGGACUGAGAAGAGCAGUUGAACAGGUAGAUGGAGAAGCAGCUGACUAUUGGCCUGUCUCUGUUGCUGGGGCUCCUCCUAGUCAUGCCUGAGGUGGGGGGGCGGAAGGAAGAGUCCCAGAAGCGCCCGUCCCGCUCCUCAGAGCUAAAAGCAGGCCGCUGCUCCUACACCUUUAUCAUUCCCCAGCAGAAACUGAAGGGGGCGCUGUGCGUGAGCACCGAGUCCACCACCAGAGCCUCCAACCACUCAGAGGUAACGGCUCUGCGGGUUGAGUUCAGCCGUCAGCAGGAACAGCUGGAGAAGCUGAGGGGCCAGCUAGAACAGGAGGGGGCCCUGGUUACGGAGGUAGGGGCACUACGGAAAGAGAGCGGCAGCAUGAACUCCCGCAUUGCCCAGCUCUACGCCCAGCUGCUGCACGAGGUUAUGUACAGGAAGGACCAGGUGAUCGAACAGAGGCGGGUCGAGAACCUACUGCUCAACGUCACCGCACAGAUGCUGCAGAUCUCCACUAGUUACAGGGAGCUGGAGAAGAAGUAUGGAGCCCUCACCUCCAUGAUGAGCAACCAGAGUCAGCUCAUCGCUCGGCUGGAGAAGCUGUGCCAGGCCACCAAGAACACUACCCCACCUCAACAGAUGACCUCUGAACCCCUGAGUAUCCAGUCCAGUGGGCGUCUGAAUGACAGCUCACAGUCCAAGGAGAUGGCUAAUGAUGUUCAGAGAGACCAGGGUGCCCCUCCACUACAGCCACAGGAGGAGAGAGAACCCCUGCAGGGGACAAAAGUGCUCCCCACCAACAUGGCCGACACCCCUACCGACGCCCCCUUCAUAAGCUUCCCUGUCACUAAGACCCCAGGACCCUGGAGGGACUGCCAGCAUGUGCUGGACUCGGGCGAGACCACCAAUGGGAUCUACCUGCUGCGUCCACAGAGCGCCAACCGGCUUCUGCAGGCCUGGUGUGAACAGACCAAGGCCCAGGGAGGCUGGACCGUCAUCCAGAGGAGACAGGACGGAUCAGUCAACUUCUUCAGGACCUGGGAGCAGUACAAGCAAGGCUUUGGGAACCUGGAUGGAGAGUACUGGCUGGGUCUGGAGCACCUCUACUGGCUGACCAAGCAGGCCCACUACAAGCUUCGGGUGGCUAUGGAGGACUGGCAGGGCCGCCAGGUGUUUGCAGAGUACGACAGCUUCCGCCUGGAGCCUGAGAGCGACUGGUAUCGUCUGAGGCUGGGGGAAUACCAAGGCAACGCCGGAGACUCAAUGUCCUGGCACAAUGACAAAGCCUUUACAACUCUGGACAAGGAUAAGGAUGCUUAUUCAGGGAACUGUGCCCACUUCCAGAAGGGGGGCUGGUGGUACCACAUGUGUGCCCACUCCAACUUAAACGGCGUGUGGUAUCGAGGGGGUCACUACCGCAGCCGCUACCAGGACGGGGUUUACUGGGCAGAGUUCCAUGGGGGCUCCUACUCCCUCAAGACAGUCACCAUGAUGAUCAAACCCACCUAACCCUCUUCCCAUUACAUAUACACCACAGGAGGUUGGUGGCAUCUUAAUUGGGGAGGACGGGCUCGUGGUAAUGGCUGGAGUGGAAUAGUUUCAAAUGUGUUUGAUGCCAUUCCAUUCACUCCGUUCCAGCCAUUAUUAUGAGCCGUCCUCCCCUCAGCAGCCUCCUGUGUUAUACACAUGUCAAUCAUGCAUCACAGCAAUAUUAUGGUUCCUUCAUGGAUGAGGAAGGAUGUUAAUAAAGUUCUUAUAUGUUAAACAGGUAUGUUAAUAAGACAGCUGAAGAUUACACCACAAGGUGAAGUAGGAGUCCGUUUCUUUUGCUAAUGAGAACUGACGUUGUGGUUUGAUGCAGUGGUGUAAAGUACUUAAGUAAAAAAUACUUUAAAGUACCACGUAAGUCGUUUUUGGGGGGUAUCUGUACUUUACUAUUUAUAUCUUUGAUGACUUUUACUUUAUUACAUUCUUGAAGAAAAUAAUAUACUUUUUACUCCAUACAUUUUCCCUGACACCCAAAAGUACAAUUUGAAUGCCUACAAGGACAGGAAAAUGGUCUAAUUCACGCACAUUAAGAGAAAAUCCCUGGUCAUCCCUACUGCCUCUGAUCUGGCAGACUCACUAAAUACAAAUGCUUUGUUUAUAAAUUAUGUGUGAGUGCUGGCUAUCGGUAAAUAAAAGAAUGUGCUUAAUAUAAGGAAAAGGGUUUGCUUAAUAUAAGGAAUUUGAAAUGAUUCUACUUUUACUUUUGAUACUUAAGUAUAUUUGAGCUAUUGCAUUUACUUUUGAUACUUGUGUUUAUUUAAAACCAAAUACUUUUUUACUUACACUCAAGUAGGAUUUUACUGGGUGACUUUCACUUUUACUUGAGUCUUUUUCUAUUAAGGUAUCUUUGCUUUGACUCAAGUAUGACAAUUGGGUACUUUUUCCAUCACUGGUUUGAUUCAGUCAUGUUUCAGUUUAACAGUUUCCUCUUUGCACAGCAUCAGGGUAGGGUUUGAAUUUCCUCUUUAAAACACUUGCUUCACACAGUAAGCUCUCUGCCUGAGAUACACUAACUGGCACUAGCACAGUGUUAGGACCGAGCCUGGACCAACGGGUGGACCAUCAGUCAGGGCAUCCUGUCUUACAACAUCCCCCAUCACCCUCACCUUGCUCAGCAUGGGGUACCAGAGAACUACCAUGAUCUCACUCCAGAGGAUGUUGGGCCUCCUCAUGCUCAUGCUGUUACAUGGAAGUGAGUGGUUAAUUUGGUCCAUACUUAUCUAUUAAUAUCUAUUGUUGUGAUCGCUGUGUGGAUUAUGAUGUUUAUGUUGACUGUAGUUUAUCAUAUAGUUAUUAUCUACUCUGGUGAUAUAGUAACUGUUUUCUGUCUCCCAGUUUUGGUACUUAAACAUGUGCUCGCCUCCCGCUAACAAAACUUGAACGGAAGUUGAUUGUUGACAAAGGAAAUUAGUUUUAACCCCACAAUGGACAAUUUGAAGGCUAAUAUUUGAGAGCAAUUAAAGUCAAGAAAUUAAAGUAUUCAAUGAGCGAUAAAAAAGUUAUAUUGAUGUGUUGCAAUAAGGUAACAGUCAUCAGUAGACAGGGCCCUGAGUUUUUCCUGAUCAGGUCACAUGGAUAGAAACAACUCAGGACCCUAAUUUGAGGAUACAAUUAUAUAAUGACAUGAAAUCACAAGAAACACACACUCACUCAGGUACAACUCAGACACUGUUGAUGUUGUUGAGUGAUAUGUAAGUGUCUAAAUGGGUGGGGUGGGUGUGAAUUUCCAUGUGGUGUAACAUUGAGAGCAACAUAUAUGACUGCUGAUGGUGGGUGUGGUGCUUGAUUGUUAGUAUGGGUGUUUGGCUAGUAUGUGCUAACCUAUUGUCACGACUUCCACCGAAGUCGGUCCCUCUCCUUGUUCAGGCGCCGUUCGGCGGUCGACGUCACCGGCCUUCUAGCCAUAGCCGAUCCACUUUUAAUUGACCAUUUGUUUUGUCUUUGUUUUACACACCUGGUUUCAAUCCCCCCAAUUACUUGUUUAUUAUUUAUCACUCUGUUCCCCCAUGGUUUUUGUGAGUGAUUGUUUGUAUAUAUACAGUCCGUUAUUGUGGGCCAGUUUAUUGAGUUGUAUUUAAUGAUUCCUUGAGUAAAUUACGUUCCUUACUCAUA